CAGUUCGUUCUCGCCCUAGUUAAUAUCUAACUUUGUUUAAUUGAUCUUCCUGUGUCAGAGUUUCUCUCAGAUUCCCAGUUUUUCUGCCGUGUCGAGUCAGCGCUGAGAGGAACAGGUUCAAAUCCCAACUGAGACCUUGGAACUGGCCUGGGAGCUCCGAGCACUCCAGAUUCACAUGGAGGGAUUGGCGUUGGAUUUCUGACACAGCACAAUGGAGCUGAAGUCAUUGAGGGCAUUGUGCCAACUUCAGCCUCAGGCCUGGCAUCAGCAGAGUGGAGAUUUACCAAGGUGAUGUACUGAAGUGAUUGAAGCAUCAAGAGAUUUGAGAAACUCAAGCUGCUGGAAGCUACAUUUGAAGGUUUUUAUGGUAAACGCACAUACACUACCUGUAGUCAAACGCUGGCUAGUUUGGUUUAGUUGGAGCAGUAAAACAGGGAGGCUAGGAACAAUGUCUUUGGAUUGGAGGACUGUAACCAAUGGCUACAGCAGGAGCUGGACAGCAGCCAAUGACCGAGAGGCUGAGCAUUCUGACCCAGAGAGGCCCACAGUGCCCAUGUAUUUGAAGUCAAGCUCAAGGACUAGUCCCAGUCAGGAGGAGGAGGAUAUGUUCACAGCCGUGGAUGAGCCACCCCCACUACCCCUGCAGCCACCAGUGGGUGAAGCCGAACUGGAAAUGAAUGUGCCUGACAUCAAGCCAAAGAGAAAAUUCAUCCCUGACUCUUGGAAGGAUUUCCUAAGGGGCCGUCGUGGGCGUUCCAGGCAGAUAUUCAAUUUGAACUCAGUGUGGGGAGCAGAGGAAAGCUCACCACCAGUGUCACCCCUUCUGAGCCGGCAGCGGACUGCAUCACUAGGCAGUGACCUCUCUGAGGAGGGCUCUCAGCAAGCAGCCAAAGGUACGCACCCGAGUAUGGCAGACUGGGGGGUGAAACGGGAAACAGCAGCCACAUCUCUAACUGAUCCCACAGAGAAACAGCCCGAAUCAGCCCAGAGCUACUCGGAGAUGAUCCAUGUCUACCAACUCAAACACGCGUACAUGAAGUCUUGGCCAGGAUUGCUGCGGGUGCUGGGAGUCAUGGAGCUGCUUUUUGGAGCAAUGGUAUUUGCCUGUGUGUGUGCAUACAUUCAGAAAGAUAACCAAUGGUACAAUGUCCUUGGGGGAUCUUUCCCCAGCUUUGGGCUUGGGGACAAUUAUUACUACAGCGGACCCAAAACCCCUUUUGUCCUGGUCAUGGCUGGUCUGGCCUGGGUUGUGACAGUGGGCCUCCUCAUCCUGGGACUCACUCUGUAUUAUAGAACCAUUCUCCUUGACUCUGAUUGGUGGCCAUUGACUGAAUUCAUAAUGAACACUUGCCUUUUCUUCUUGUGCAUGGCAGCUGGCAUCGUCUACGUCAAUAGUUUCAGUCUCGGGGGUCUGUGCUAUACCAUGAUAGCCAACAGCCCCCUGUAUUACCAGCUGUGCCGUGUGGAGAGUGGGCAAAUUGCUGCAGCAAGCUUCCUGUUCAUCAACAUGCUCCUGUACCUGGUCAGUGCAGUCGUAUGUCUAAAGGUGUGGCGUCAUGAACUGAGGAGAAAGGCAAGAGAAGCCUUUCGGAACCAGCGUAAAACAGCUGCAGUGAUGAUGACACAGAAACGGCCAUUUUCAUUCAAGCACAUGCCAUUCAGGAGAAACGCAUCUCAGCCCCGAGAGGAGAUGGCCACCAGAAACAUUCAGCUCUGCUCCAAUGCUCCUGGGACCCUCAACAAAUCCAUUCCGGCUGGAUAUAUCCCAAAGCCCCUCAUAAUUCCUGAUUAUGUAACAAAGUACCCAAAGAUUGAGUCUGCAGAAGAACGGGAGAGAUAUAAGGGCGUAUUCAACGACCAAUAUGCAGAAUACAGGGAACUACACUCUGAGAUACACGUGGCCAACAAAAAAUUCCAAGAGCUGAAAGUUCUCAUUGAGAAACUGCCUCGCUACACAGAGAGUUCAGAGGAACACAAACGAAUAAUGAAGAUCCUUAAAGAUUACAAGGAAAAAAUCAAUGAUCCGGCUUUUGUGGAGAAAAAAGACCGAUGCACGUAUUUGAAGAAUAAACUCUCAUAUAUCAAACAGCGAAUCCAAGAAUAUGAUUCUGAAUGCAGCUCCAAAGGCAAUUACUGUUCGGACGGAACAGUCCUGAAUGAGAGCCAGCGGGCUUUCACAGUUGUUACGGUACAAGCCGACUCUGUCAAUGUGAAUUCUGGCUCUGUGUCAUUCUCCGGCCUACUCCUAGUUGCCCUUAUUUGCCUAGGACGUACUGUCACGAUGUAUGAGAACCGACCCCUGGGGAGCCCCCCUGCCUAUAGCCCGAGUAAUUUCACCCAACCUUUCCCACACAGAGCCUCCAUGGGGAGUUAUGAAUAUGAUAUGCAAUCCCCUCCACCAGGCUCAUAUUACAUUGAGGAGAAGCCACAACACUUCUACAAAUGGAGCUCCCCACCAGGAAUCAUCCGCAUUUUAGAGGGCAUUGUCAUUAUUCUGUGUCUUGCCAUCUUUGCCUGUGUGGCAUCAACGUUGCAAUGGCAGUAUGGCUAUGGUUAUGGCAUGGGUGGAAUGAUGGGUGGCAUGGGAGGUGGGUACUACCCAGGGAUGGGAGGAGGAUAUUACCCUGGCAUGGGGGGUAGUGGCUAUUACCCGGGGAUGGGAGGGUAUGGCUAUGGUGGCCACACUGACCCCAGGGCUGCCACUGGCUUCAUGAUUGCGAUGGCAGCCAUUUCAUUUAUUGCCGUCUUGGCCUUCUUCAUUGCCAGUGUCAGCAAGUCCCAAAACUCCAGAACCCGCAAGUUUUACUUGUUGUUACUCAUAUUCAGCGCUGUCCUUGGAGGCUUGGAGCUGAUUGCCAGCAUCGUAUACAUCAUGGGAGUCAAUCCAACAGCUGGAAGUGGAGGAUCGUUGUACUAUACCCAGAAGAGAAUGUUAUGCGCCCAGUUUUAUUCAGCUGGAGCUAGUAUGAUGUUGACUAAUCAGUAUCUAUACCACUAUUGUGUUGUGGAUCCUCAGGAGGCUGUGGCGAUUGUCUGCGGAUUCCUGGCAGCGCUGACCUUUUGUAUCAUUGCUUUCUUCGCUCAAAGAGUGCGGCAGAAAAUCUGGAAAUACGGGAAGCCGAAUAUCCUGUGGGAAAAGGACUUCGCUGAUGUAGAGGUGGGACCCAACGUGGAGGAAUGGGUGAAGACUGUUCCCGAAGGAGACCGUGAUGAAAUGGAUACAGUUCAAUACUUUGAUAAACCAGCCAAUGGCGUCGAUGUAUUAAACACCAAUGAGUAUAAUUCGCAGCCAACUACAUACAGUGUGGAGAAUCACAAUCAAUACCUUUCCUCCUCUUACCCCUCGAGGAACUUCAACUCAACUCCGUCUGAAGAUAUAGUGAAGAAGCCUCCAGCUGGUCGACGGAAGAAAUGGAGGAGACGUGGCAGAUCAGAGAUGGAGGAAUCGCAAUAUGAGACUGAUUACACAACUGGAGCAGAAUCUGGUGAUGACAUGGAUGAUGAGGAAUGGGACAGUUUGUACCCUCCCAUAACCUCAGACCCCAUUCGGCAGGAAUACAAGAGGCAGUUCGACACUGACCAUCGAGAAUAUAAACAGCUUUGUGCUGAAAUGGACGAAAUUAACAAUCAGAUCAAUUUCCUGAGCAAGCGUUUGGAUGUCGUGACUGAGGAUGACCCCAGCUAUGAGGGAGUUGCUGAGGAAUACAACAGAUUAAAGGACUACAAGAAGACAUCUGAGUAUCAGAGUAAACGGCUACAGAGCAGGCGCUUGAAGAGGAAACUGUCACACAUUAAGCGGAUGGUCAAUGAGUAUGACCGUCAGCGAGAAUAAGAUUCAAAGAGGACAUAUCAUCCCUCAGCCCCUUCUGUCUUUUCUAUUUCUCCAACCUCCCCAGCCCCAUCCAUCACCUACAAUAUGAAAACUCUAAAUAUCCUGCACAGCUUGGUGUAAAUUCCAAACACACACCAGAAACGAGGGGAAAAUGGUCAGGACUGGAAUGUCACCGUAUUCACAGUGUGACAGAACCAACACUGCACCUGGAGCAGGGAAGGACUCCAUUUCUAAAUCCUGCUUCUAGACGGCUUUGUUCAGAGCCGCUGAGAAUCUAUAAUCAAUAUCCAAUACAUGGUCAAUCAAAGAAGCAACCGUUAUCAAAGCUGAAAGGAAACAUGAGAGGGGCCUCCUCGAACUUUAACCAGAGUGUUCAGUCCACUGGAAGAAACAGCAUAUGGGCCAUUCAUUCCUUGUCAUGCAACAGGCAUCAAAAGAUCAAAUUAUGUUACAUCUGUCUCCAUCAGUGCAACAACCUUAUGCAUUUAUAUAGUGCCUUUUAACAUAGUAAACUGCCUUAGGUGGUUUCAUGAUGGUGUGACUAGACCACAGAAGAUUUUAAGACUGGGGAACCGAAAGCUCAGUCAAGGGAGACCUUUUAAAGGUGGAGAGAGAGAAGCAGAGAUUUAAGGAUAGCAUUUCAGAGCUUAGUGCCUGAGCAGUGAAGGCUUGGUCACAGAUGGUGAGGUGAUGGGAUUCAGGGAUUGUCAGGGAGCCAGAAUUAAAGGAGUGAGAAGCAUCAGUAAAGUCAGGGAGGAAUUCAGAAAUUGACGAGACUUUUAAAUUCAAAUCAUUAUUGGAAAAGGGGUCAGCGAGGGUCGGGCAGCAUGUGUUCUGGCUGAACAGGACAUGUAAGUCAGGCUAAAGGCACAAGCUCAGGUUUAUACAGUGUGCAAGAUUGGAGACUGAGUGGUUAGAGGAGAUUUGGAAUAGUUAUAUCUAAAGGUAACGGGGAUGGGAACGGAGAUGAUAGGAACUGCAGAUGCUGGGAACAACUGUAUCAAUGGCAGAUGAGCUGAGGCAGGUUGAACGUAAGUGAUGGGUUGGAUGCUUUGACAAUGGAGGUUACUGG